CAUUCAUAAGCACCUUCUAUACAUGUCAAGCAAGGCCACACGCCUUUAUUCACCGGGACCAUUUGGAUGAUCCAGUCUUUCUAAUGGUAGUUCAGUCAUGUCGGCACCUGCCAUGGGGACCAGAAAAACAGCGCACACUGAUUCCAGUAACAAGAAGAAAAAGGGACCCGGAACGCUGGCCAUCGCAUAUCUGGUCAUUUACAACGUGGUUAUGACAGCAGGAUGGCUGGUCAUUGCUGUUGGUCUGGUUCGAGCAUACCUUGCCAGAGGAAGCUACCAUGGUCUUUAUUACUCGAUAGAGAAGCCCCUAAAAUUCUUUCAGACUGGUGCCCUCCUUGAGAUAUUACAUUGUGCCGUGGGAAUUGUUCCUUCCUCGGUGGUCCUGACUGGGUUCCAGGUGAUGUCACGGGUGUUCCUUACAUGGGCAGUGACGCACAGCGUUAGAGAAGUCCAAAGUGAAGACAGUGUUCUCCUCUUUGUGGUGGCCUGGACGGUCACGGAGAUCAUCCGUUACUCUUUCUACACCUUCAGCCUGCUCAACCACCUGCCUUACCUCAUCAAAUGGGCAAGGUACACAUUUUUUGUUGUGCUGUACCCCAUGGGAGUGGCAGGGGAACUUUUGACGAUUUAUGCCGCGCUGCCAUACGUGCAGAAAACAGGGCUCUACUCCAUCACCUUGCCUAACAACUACAACUUCUCCUUUGACUACCACACCUUCCUCAUCCUCGUCAUGAUCUCCUACAUCCCCUUAUUCCCGCAGCUCUACUUCCACAUGAUACGCCAGAGGAAGAAAGUUCUGGGUCACGUGGAGGAGUACAGCAAAGUGGAAUAACUCGCCCUGCCGUUGCCGCACACAGCAGACUGAUCGCAGCGAAAACGGAAACAAGCGGAUAACCUUUAAAAGCCACACUACAGAUUUUUUAAUUUAAAAAAAGAAGACAAGGCGUUCUUGUCAGUUAGACAGGCCAGAUAUGCAGAAUGAUUGUUAAUGAUACUAUUUUGGUCAAGAACUGUUGCAGUUGGUGAUUUUAGGGAUCCUGUAACAACACAAAUGGCUUUUCCUCAGUUUAGAGGGAGAGGAAUGUCUUUAGCAUACUAAUGCAUCAGCUACUGUGUGACAACAUUUUUAUUUUUCAUUCUAAAUGUAGAAUUACAGACCAAAUAUUGUAGCAAAUAUCAUUCAGAUAAAGGGCAAAAAUACAGUUAGCUGCAUCUGGUGGCUUUAACCAGAAAAAAAGUCUCAUAAUUUUCCUGUGGUGUGUUUUGUACAUUGUAUUUCAGACAUUUGAAUCUAAUUGACUUAAAUCUCUGUUUCUCACUCAGCUCAUUUCUUUUCUUUAUAUUUGAGUAUAAUUCAUAACUCAAACCGUUCUUGACUUUCACACUACUAGCGUGUCUACUGAUUCCCAUCAUGAUUACUGUUAGUAUUUUCUUUUUGUUUUGUGUUGUGUUUCUUAAAGGAUCAAUGUUAAUCGGUUGUUUUGUUCAGUAUUGGGUAUAUAUUGUUGGUUUGUGGCCGUUUGCGGAAAAAAAGAGGUGUAUCACCCAAAGAAAUUGGCUGAGUUGCUGGGUCGGACCUCGUAGUCAAUACUACUAAUGUACUAGAUGUGCAUUUCUGUCGUAGAAAGAGAUUGCAGCUGACACUUUUGGAGCUUUUAUGGCUGGCGAUGUGGAAGUGUUUGGCUAAGAGAGACUCGCACGCCGAGCAGAAGAGAGCACAAGCCUCGGCUAAUGGGGGCCAAUUGGAUUUGAGUGCCUCCAGUCAUGCUUUGCCUGUGAGUCAAAUCUAAUAAUGUGGAGGGAAAGCUGGGAGUCAAGACUAACUUAACGCUUCAUUGCCCGUCUGCCUAAUUGUGAACAGUCAACUUCAGUCCUCCCAAUGCAAAUGAAUCUCUCUCGUAUUGAAGUGUGAGCCACACUAUUGCACAGAUAGAGUCUUUGCAAACAAAGUGGUAAGCCUGUUUCCCUUAUCAAGCCUAUUCAGGAAAAGAUUAGCAUGGGAUGAAUGGAGUGCAACUUUGAAUAACACUGCAUGUAAAAGUGGUGUGGCUAAACCUUGGUUAAUAGAAGCAUGACCCUUAACUCAAAUAAAAAUGCCAACAUUGUCAAGCUUUUGAUAUUCAAGUUCUGCAUGGGACCAGCAAACUUUGUAUGAAUAGUAAUACGAUUAUAUAUAUUUACAAUAAACCAUAACAUGGGAA